AUGUCAAGUUCAAAUGCUCAAGCCGGUUGGUAUGAACUACCUUCACAAACACAAAUAUUCAUUGGACAAAAACAAAACUUUGAGAAUAACAAGAAGGAACUAAAGAAGAAGAAAAAGUCCCGUGGUAAUCGGCG